GUUUCGUCGUCGGUGCUGGAGAUUUCGGCCGUCCGUCACCACAGUAUACAUUAAUAAUAUUCAAUCGUACGGUGACCGAUCGUAUAUUGAGUCAAUUGUAUAAAAUCGUGUAGGAAUACGUGUGAAACGCGCGAAACAUUCAAACGGACGUCGUCCCAGUUUCAUCGGUCGGUCGGUCGUUACCUAUUUACACGGCGAACGCGUUCCUACGUUCAGACCAGACGGCGUUCGGCAGCAGCUGCUGGCCCUGGCCGUCGGGCGGCGGUGAUAACGCGGCGGCGGCGGCGGCUACGACGGCGAUCAUAACAAUACGACAUGAAUCAGUUGUUGUGCAUUGGUGACCCGAGUCAGAACGUCAUGGCCGAGAGCAAGGGAUCCCUUAUCGCCAAAUCCGUGUCCAAGCACGCUGGAAGGGCUAAAGAAAAGUUUCUUCAAAACUUGGGAAAAGUCGAUCGGACUGAAGAUGAAAUUUUUAACGAGCAUUUACAAAAUUUUUCAAAACAGCAAAAUUCGGCAAAUAAAUUACAAAAAGAAUUCAACAACUAUAUUCGAUGUGUUAGAGCUGUGCAAGUGGCGAGUAAAAGUCUGAUGGAUACGUUGAACGAGAUGUACGAAAGCCAAUGGGUUGGACACGAUCAUAUGUGUACCGAUUCAAACAAUUUGGACAUGCUGUGGAGCGAUUAUACACACAAGUUGGCCGAUCAAGUGCUUAUACCGUUGAACACGUACCAAGCCCAAUUUGCCGAAACACGGAAAAAAAUUGACAAACGAAACCGGAAACUGGUCGAUUACGACAGCCAAAGGCACAGUAAUCAAUUGGCUAAUAAUAACGGCGUUGGGGCAGCCGGCAAGAAAAAAGACGAAGCGAAAAUGAUGAAAGCUAAAGAACAGUUUGAUGAAGUUAAGCGAAAGUUCGACCUAAUAAACACGGAGCUGCACGACGAAUUGCCCGCUUUGUACAACUCAAGGGUACUAUUUUUGAUCACAAAUCUGCAACCAUACUUUGCCGCUGAACAAUUAUUUCAUAGCGAAUCAUCUAAGGUGUUUUCUGAAAUGGAAUCAAUCGUCGACAAAUUAGCCACGGAUUAUCAACACCAGUCAAAGAUGCUGAAUUAUUUCUUAGGAAACAAAAAGCCCUCAAACAAUGUCGCCAACAACAUUCAAUCUGCAUCACAGUCGCCCGUGUCUCCGAUAUCCAUGAAUGAAGAAGACGUUGCGAAAUCCCCGCCUUCGUCACCCGCAUCCCCUCAAAACACUGCAUUCGUAAGUAGUAGUAAAUCACCGUCAUCGCAGCCCGACAGCAGUAACAACGAAGUGUCAUCGGUGGCAUCAAAAACACUGUUAGAAGACGAACUGGCGUCUUCGUCACCACCACCGCUACAGCAACAACAACAACAACAACAACAGCAACAACCUUUAGUUAACGGCAAAAGCAGCUCAUCGCCUGUAAACGGUGUUGCGCCAGUCAGGCACGAGAAUGGCACUAACAAAAACAUCGAGAUCGAUAUACCGCCAGGAGCUACUACGGACAACUUGCCACCCGGAGUGUUGUACAGAGUGGUCGCAACUUACAAGUAUGAUGCUGAAGACACGGACGAGCUAUCGUUCGAGAAGGGCGAGAUCAUCAGUGUAGUACCUUACGACGAUCCAGAAACUCAGGAAGAGGGCUGGUUGAUUGGUAUCAAAGAAAACACAGGAGAGAAAAAAAUGUUCCCUGCCAAUUUUACCAGACCCUUGUGAGUGCCGCACCGUCGUAAGCGCCAGGAGAUCAUGACAAGACCUAGAAUCUAUAAGUACAGUUUCUGGAUUUUUGUGAUUCUAUUUUAUGUUUUUAUGUCUUUGUUUAUCUAUACAAAUGAGAUUUAAAGUUGGGUUUUGACCGACCGUCACGAAACGCGCUGCAACGACUAGUUCUUAUAACAAAAUUAUUUUAUAAACUAAAAACCACUCUUAAGUUUUUGAAUGUUUAUUUUUUUUACUCUCCGUGAACGUCAAGUUUAGAAAAUAUUAUCACAAUUAUCCGUGCUGAUAAUAACAUGAAUUUGACUGAUUGAGAAAUCGUUACGAAUUUAAUAGGUUCAUUCAAAAUUUAUUUAUAGUGUGAUUAUAUUGAACCUUGAAAAAAUACUCAUUAAUUAAUUAAUGUGUAACAAGUGCCUUUAAAUUUUUAUACUAAGUGUUUACACCUAUGUGAGGUAAUACAUUUUUUUUGUGCCAUUUGAAAGCAUAUUAAAGCUUCUAUUUGGCUACUAUUUUUAAUCUUACUCCUACAAUUAUUCAGCUAUGGUACCUUUUACCUUAAAUGUAUAACCGUAUAAUAAUUAUAUUUUGCUCGUAUUAUGCGUUUACUACUUUUAUUUUUUAUGUGUUGUUAUAUUGUUGUAUUUGUGUGUUAAAUGUUUUUUCUACUUUUAGUGAGUGAUUUGUAAAGGUUCAAUCAUUUUAGUUUACAUUUCAAAUUUUUACCCCGUCCCUCAUACCCGCUCUGAUAGUCAGUAAAUGUAUAUAAAUCUAGUUUAGAUUAUAAAUUAUUAUUGUCUAAGUAAUAUCUGUAUUUAUUAUUAUUUAAAUUAACUUUGAUAGAUACUAAAUUUAUUAUAUAUAAAUCAAUGUAUUAUUUAGAUGUAAAUUUAUUUUGUCCUUAAUGUUUUGCUUUAGGCAUUUUAACAUUUGAGAUUCAGUAUUGCUAUUGAAAAAAAAAAUUAUAUGCAUAAUAUCAUAUAUUAACAAAAAUAAUUACUGGAAUCAGUAGUAUUUUAUUCGAUAAAUUUCGCUUAUUGUGUAUUUAAAU